UUUGACAGGAAACAUCAAGGUUGUGUGCGCCUGCACCAUUUCCACGUCAGUAAGUUUGCCUGUGGAGGAGAUUACCUACCGGUGACAGAAUAUCUGUCUUAGUGCUUUUACAGAAAAACAGCAGGGCAUGACAACACUACGUGGAACUGUCUAAAAUAUUCACUAUGGUGGACAAGAACAUAUACAUCGUUCAAGGAGAAAUUUCUGUUGUCGUCGCUGCUAUUAAGAGGAACUCUAGAUGGAGUACCCAUACUCCUUUGGACGAAGAACAGGACCCACUACUCAACAGCUUCAGCCACUUGAAAGAGACCCUCAAUAACAUAAAAGAUCUUUCAGAUGUGGAACCCAACGUGUUUCUUAGACCUUUUCUGGAGGUGGUCCGCUCAGAGGACACAACUGGACCAAUCACAGGCCUCGCUCUCACAUCGGUCAACAAGUUUUUGUCAUACGGCCUGAUAGAUGCCAAUCAUGAAGGGGCAGCGGAGGGCAUCGAGAACAUGGCAGAUGCGGUCACACAUGCAAGAUUUGUGGGCACCGACCCCGCCAGUGAUGAGGUGGUGCUAAAGAAAAUCCUCCAGGUUUUAAGGACUUUGCUGCUGACUCCAGUUGGAGCCCACCUGACCAACGAGUCUGUUUGUGAGAUCAUGCAGUCUUGUUUCCGUAUAUGCUUUGAAAUGAGAUUAAGCGAGCUGCUGAGAAAGUCAGCUGAGCACACGCUGGUGGACAUGGUGCAGCUGCUCUUCUCCAGAUUGCCACAGUUCAAAGAGGAGGCCAAGAGUUACGUGGGCACUAACAUGAAGAAGGCUUACAAUAUCUUAUGGAAAAACAAACGAGUGCAGCUAAAGAUGAGAGCUGGGGGAAUGAGCGAGUCGUCCAAGUGGAAGAAACAGAAGCGUUCUCCCCGCCCCCCUCGUCACAUGGUUCGCAGUCCCUCAGGACAGAUGGAUACAGGCCAGUCCAGCACUCUCACCAACAACCUUUCAGGUGGAGUUCCUUUCAUAGAGCAGCACAGCGGUUCUUCUACUCUUCCUGGUUCUGAUAGUGCAGCGUCCUCCAUCUCCAGCCCCACCACUGACAGCGGCUUAGACACAGGCUCUAAAACCACAUCAAAGGAAGAUCUCACAGACCUGGAGCAGAGCAGCUCAACGGCCAGCACUCCCAUGACACCCUCCGCUGAGCCAAGCAGACUGGAAUCACAGUCUGAGGGCAGGGAAGUGGAGCGUGCCCAGUCGGCCUCAGUCGAGUCCAUUCCUGAAGUCCUGGAAGACCGAGACUUGCUGGCUGACCAGUCAGAUUCGGCAUCGGUUCACGACAUGGACUACGUGAACCCCAGAGGAGUGCGCUUCACACAGUCAACCCAGAAAGAAGGUGCUGCUCUAAUCCCGUAUGGUCUCCCGUGCCUGAGAGAGCUCUUCCGGUUCCUCAUAUCUCUCACCAACCCACAUGACCGCCAUAACUCCGAUGUGAUGAUGCACAUGGGCCUCCAGUUGUUGAACGUGGCCCUAGAAGCCGCACACAUCGCCCCCUACCAGUCGUUGCUCUGUCUUGUCAAAGAUGAGCUCUGUAGGCACCUCAUACAGUUGUUGAGCGUGGACCGAAUGAAUCUGUAUGCCGCCUCCAUACGCGUGUGCUUUCUUCUCUUUGAAAGCAUGCGAGAACAUCUGAAGUUUCAGCUUGAGAUGUACCUGAAGAAGCUAAUGGACAUCAUUACCUCAGAGAACCCUAAAAUGCCCUAUGAAAUGAAGGAGAUGGCUCUGGAGGCCAUCGUGCAGCUCUGGAGGAUCCCCAGCUUUGUCACAGAGCUCUACAUAAAUUACGACUCCGACUUUUACUGCUCCAACCUGUUUGAGGACCUCACCAAGCUGCUCUCUAAGAAUGCCUUUCCGGUGUCUGGGCAGCUCUACACAACCCAUCUCCUGUCACUCGAAGCCCUACUGACAGUGAUUGACAGCACAGAGGCUCAUUGUCAGGCCAAAGUGCUCAACAGCGCUGCACAGCAGGACCAGUCAGAUUCAACGACUGUGGAAGGAGACAGUUCGGUCAAUACAAUCACCGAUUCAACAUUAGAAGCUGGCAAAUCUGCACCCAGUUCUAAUGGACAGACUUCUGUGGUGUCAGAAAUGAGGACCACCUGUCCUCCCACCAGUGGUCAUCUGAUGGCAGAGAAGAUGAGAUUAGGCAGACAGGACCAGGAGGAGACAGACACGGAGAAGAAAAGUUUGAAGAAGCCUCAUCGUUUUAGCAGCUGUCUUCCAGACUCUCAGGAACUUUUAGAGAUCAAGAACAAGAAGAAGCUUCUGAUCACGGGUACAGAGCAGUUCAAUCAAAAGCCCAAGAAAGGCAUUCAGAUCCUGCAGGAGAAAGGGCUGCUCAGCAGUCCCAUGGACAAUAAUGAAGUGGCCCAGUGGCUGAGAGAAAACCCCCGCCUGGAUAAGAAGAUGAUCGGAGAGUUUAUCAGCGACCGCAGGAACACUGACUUGCUCGACAGUUUUGUCAACACGUUCGCCUUCCAGGGCCUGCGCAUAGACGAGGCGCUCCGCUUGUAUCUGGAGGCAUUCCGUCUUCCUGGCGAAGCGCCUGUCAUUCAUCGGCUCUUGGAAACCUUCACUGACAACUGGCAUAAAGUGAACGGUAAUCCCUUCCAGUCAAACGACGCUGGCUUCGCCCUGGCUUAUGCAGUCAUCAUGCUCAACACCGAUCAGCACAACCAUAACGUCCGAAAGCAGAACAUCCCCAUGACGUUGGAGCAAUUCAAGAAGAAUCUCAAAGGUGUGAACGGAGGAAAUGACUUUGAUCAAGACAUGCUGGAAGACAUCUACAAUGCCAUCAAGAACGAGGAGAUUGUGAUGCCUGACGAACAGACAGGGCUGGUGAAGGAGAACUAUGUGUGGAGUGUUCUUCUGCACAGAGGAGCCUCGUCUGAAGGGGUAUUCCUGCAUGUGCCUGAAAGCAGUUAUGACCGCGACCUUUUCACCAUGACCUGGGGACCCACCAUAGCCGCCCUCUCCUACGUUUUUGACAAGAGCCUAGAUGACACUAUCAUUCAGAAAGCCAUCGCUGGAUUCAGGAAAUGUGCCAUGAUCUCCGCACAUUAUGGCUUCAGUGAUGUCUUUGAUAACUUAAUCAUUUCACUCUGCAAGUUUACUACUCUGAGCUCUGAGUCUGUAGAGAACCUGCCCACUGUGUUUGGCAGUAACAGGAAGGCUCAAGUUGCAGCCAAGACCGUGUUCAGCCUGGCCCAUCGUCAUGGUGACAUUUUACGAGAAGGAUGGAAGAACAUCAUGGACUCCAUGCUGCAGCUUUUUAGGGCUGAGCUCUUACCCAAGUCCAUGGUAGAGGUUGAGGACUUUGUGGACCCUAAUGAGAAGAUUUCCUUACAACGUGAAGAGACUCCAUCGAACAGGGGCGAGUCGGCUGUAUUGAGUUUUGUGAGCUGGUUAACAUUGAGUGAACAGUCUGGCCACAGAGGCCCCUCCACUGAGAACCAGGAGGCCAAACAAGCUGCCCUGCUCUGCAUAAAGCACUGUGACCCAGAAAAGCUGAUUACCGAAAGCAAGUUUCUGCAAUUGGAGUCUUUACAAGAACUCAUGAAGGCUCUCAUCUCGGUGACCCCCGAUGAGGAAACAUACGAUGAAGAAGAUGCUGCUUUUUGUCUGGAGAUGCUGCUACGUAUUAUUCUUGAAAACAGGGACAGAGUAUCAUGUGUUUGGCAAACUGUACGGGAUCAUCUGUACCAGUUAUGCGUCCAUGCCAGUGAGAGCUGCUUCCUGGUGGAGAGAGCGGUGGUGGGAUUGCUCAGACUCGCCAUACGCUUAUUGCGCAGAGAGGACAUAGGCUCACAGGUUCUCCAUUCUCUUCGCUUGCUGUUGAUGAUGAAGCAACACGUCUUGUCCAGAGUCUGUCGAGAGGUGGCCUUUGGCUUACACGAGCUGCUUAAAACCAAUGCUGCCAACAUCCACUGCACUGACGACUGGUACACGCUCUUUUCACUUUUGGAGUGCAUCGGGGCUGGGGUCAAACCCCCAGCUGCCCUGCAGGUCGCCAACACCAACCCAGACAAUGACACAGGCGCUCAGUCAGAUAGCGAACUGAGUUCAUAUCAUCAGAGUGAAGUUAGUCUUGACCGGGGAUAUACGUCUGACUCCGAGGUGUACACCGAGCACGGCAAAUCCAGACUACCUCGUUCAGCUACCGAUGUGGAUGUGGGCUGGCUAGUGGUGGGGAAAGAUGAUCUGGAUGGAUCUAAGGCAGCAGUGACUCCAGGUUCAAAGCCCCUGACCCAUCCUCUCAUUAACCAGUACAGUUUAACUCUUGGGCAGGACAUGGGUCUGCACGACACUAAAUCCCUCAUCAAGUGCGUGGAUUCCCUUUCGUUCAUCGUACGCGAUGCUGCCCAUGUCACUCCAGAAAACUUUGAACUUUGUGUUAAAGCCAUACGAGUGUUCGUGGAGGCUAGCCUUAAUGGAGGGUACCGCACCCACGAGAAGAAAAAGAGCCACAAAUAUGACUCCAAAUCCAGCCGGCUCCGAAAGAAGCCACGCGAGAAGGAAGGCUCAUCGAGGAGAACCAAAGUGUCCAGUCAGCGGCCCGCCCGUUCCCAUAGUGACGAUGAGGAGGACGAGGGCGUGCCGGCCAGUUACCACACUGUGUCUUUUCAGGUUAGUUUGGACUUGUUAGACCUGAUGCACACACUGCACACGCGAGCCGCCGGCAUCUACAGUUCAUGGGCAGAGGAACAGCGCCAUCUAGAGGACGCGGGCAGAAAGAUUGAGGCAGACUCUCAAACACUAUGGUCCAGCUGCUGGUGUCCUCUCCUUCAAGGUAUGGCUUGGUUGUGCUGUGAUGCACGGAGGCAAGUCCGCAUGCAGGCUCUCACCUACCUACAAAGGGCACUUCUUGUACACGAUCUACAAACCUUGGAUGCGGUGGAAUGGGAGUCGUGCUUCAACAAGGUCCUGUUUCCUCUGCUGACAAAACUCCUAGACAACAUCAGUCCCGCUGAUGUGGGAGGUAUGGAGGAGACCAGGAUGAGGGCCUGCACACUGCUUUCUAAGGUGUUCCUGCAGCAUCUCUCUCCUCUUCUCUCUCUUCCCACAUUUGCCGCCCUCUGGCUCACCAUUUUAGACUUCAUGGACAAGUACAUGCACGCCGGCUCCAGUGACCUUCUGCUGGAGGCCAUCCCUGAGUCUCUGAAGAACAUGCUGCUGGUGAUGGACACAGCAGGGAUCUUUCACAGCGCAGACUCCCGUACGGGCUACUCGGAUUUGUGGGAAAUCACCUGGGAGAGAAUUGACUGUUUCCUGCCCCGUCUGAAGGAGGAGCUCUUCAAACAGGCUGUCAUCCCAGAACCUGUGUGUAAUGUUCCUGUGGAGCCUGUCCCACCGCCUGCUGCCGUGACCCCGGUCUGUCCCCCUGUGCCAGCCCCCUCACCAGUGCCAGCUGCUCCCGCAGAGCCAAACAUCCCCAGCAGACCCGCGUCACCUCAAGAUACGCCCACACCCAGUGCCAACGGUGAUCGAUCAGACAGAUCAUCUCCAGUUCCUCCCUCAACUCCUCCGAUGCCCACUCCAUCGAAGAUAUGUCCCCCCGAGUCCCCUCCGCCGCCUCUGAGCCAGUCUCCGCUCAUCCUGCAGCCCCUCGCUUCUCCGCUGCAGGUGGGCGUCCCGCCGAUGUCCCUGCCAAUCAUCCUGAACCCAGCCCUCAUAGAGGCUACCUCGCCCGUGCCCCUGCUGCCCCGGCCCACCACCGACUGACCUGCCCCUCAAACAUCAGCCCAAAGAGUGCCGCCACGUCUGACCGGACUGUUCUCCUGCACGUGUGCACUCGCUGUAGCCCACGCUAUUAAAUUAUGUAACAGCGGGACCUGGAAGAAGAGCGCGCGAGAGGACAUUGACAUGCAUGGCUGCCUCGCCGCUUCAAAAACAUCAAAGCAUCUCCCAAACCGCUCCGAUUUGAAUGUCCUUCAGCUAGAGAUGUUACAUAGAUGACCGUAUUUAUUCAAAACGGGAAGGUGCCACCCUGGAGGGACGGUUCAUUAUUGAUGGGACUGGAUUCCGGUCGGGUUAAGAGCAGAUUCGAGUGCAUCAGAACUGGGUUGUUACUCGGGCAGUGAUCACAGAGAAUGGCUGAUGGGAAGUGGGUCCAGCUAAUGAAGGCGUGAAAAAAACAUACAUUAGUGUUGAAGCUUUUAUCACCGCUCCGGCUUAAUAAAACUGUACAGUACGAUGAAGAAAACGUAAUUUAUUUUGAAAAUUCAUAUUGUUUCUUAUCGUGGCUUUUACACUUUAAUUACAUAGUUUUGCCGUAAAUUGCUCUGGAGGAAACAGUCAGAUGUAGCCACGUAAUGUUUGCCAUCGAUGGUUCAUUAGGGAGAAAACUGAAAGCAUAGUUCACCCACACAUCAAAACAUCAUCACGUACUCGCCCUGUUGUUUCAAACCCGUAUGAAUUUCUUCUGUUGUAAGUUGGAAAGCGAGCAUUGCCAUCAGUUGACUUUCUAUUGCAUGGACCAAAACAUUUCUUUAAACAUCUCUGAUGUUCCACGGAAGAAGGAAAGUCUUUCAGGUUUGGGGCAACGUGAGGGUGAGUAAAUCAUGUGCAUUUUUGGGUGAACCGUCUUUUUACGUCCAUUUUUAUUUGGCUAAAAACAACAAAAUAUUGUUUGUUUUGAUGACGCCGCGUAAUUAUCAUGCAUCCGUACAACAUUCCAGAUACACCGCUGAUGUUUUCAACUAAGCGAACCAGCUUAACUCUGUAAGUCAGGUUUUUUUUUUAUUUUGAUGGGUAUUAUUUUAUUCGUAACUUGUCUUAAAGAGAGGUGGUUUUGUUGUGCGUGUACAUCGCUAAGGCACUACUGCUCUUUAUAGCUUUCCUUCACAAGGAUUUCUCCUGGAAAAUACUAAAAUUCUUCCAAAUAUAUCUUUCUUUCUAUUAACUGUAUCCCUUUAUUGUGGUGAUCUCGGCUCUGGAAGUUUACAGACCACUUUUAGUUUGCUAUGAAUUAAUGCUUCACGAGAAGUAGAUCUCAGAAGAGAACUAUAAAAUUCACUAAUAUAAAAGUAUAAUAGCUCUCAGACCUGCACCUCCUUCCAUCAGCCAAGACCACCCACGAGCAAUCAAGUGCAUUUAGCGAUCAGCGUUUGACCUGAGACUUAUGCUAUGUUUGGAUCAGUACCGAGACUGUAGCGUUUUUUUUUGAGGAGAGAUACUGUAAUUUAACAGCAGAUCAAUGUUCACACCAUCACAGACGUAGGAGGUGGAUCUGGACAGAUGGACGUUUUCUUUUCUUUGUAUGUGCACUUGUUGUACUGCAUUGUUAGAUACAUCAGGAGCUAAUUCUGUAGUCAACAGGUAAUUCAAUGAAAAUAAUCUGUAUAUAUAUAUAUGAAUAAAAGUUAAUGUACUUUUUACAAUGUAAUAAAUAUGGUAAAAUAUCCUAA